GCGUGGCAGUGCCGUGCCUGUUUUAUUUUGCGGAUCCUUCAAUAAGCUGAUACAGUACACCGCACCGCACAAUGCUAAGGCCAACAACUUUUGCAACGAAAAUCAGGUAUCCGUUGAUUUUCGGCACUUUCCUCGCCACUUUUUACCUCGGAUUUGCUAACCGGCAUUUACUGAUUGGAGAUUUGGAAAAGGAGAAAUCGGCGAUGAUUAAAGACACACUUGAAAACAAGAAUUUUCUAGAAGCUAACAUUGCUGAAAUCAACGCUGCCAGGAAAAAUAAAUAAGAAAAUAUUCAAAAUACUUAAAGUGCAAGAAUUUUGCAUUGGAAAAGACUGAUUUGAAGUCCAAAGGCAGCUUCGUUAAAUGAACUCCAUAUUACUCCAGGCGCUGAUUCAGAUUUUUGGAAGUUGAUUAAUUUGGCGCCGCUGGCCACGCCCCCUUUGUUUAACGCGCUGGCAAGUAUGGCGACGUAGACCAAGUCCAUCUUCUGUUGGCGAACUUUUCCAACGAAAUGCCGUGCUCGACCUAGCUUUUCCGCAAGGACAACAGUAUGAAAAAAUCGUCCGAGGUCGCAGCCAUGCUUUGAAACCAAUCUUGCUACCCUGAAGUGCCAACAGCCAAACUGCGGCUGCUCCCGAGCUAUACCUGUACACUCUGCUCACCAUGAUUCGCAUUCACUUCUUCCCGAAAAGCUUCCGACUGGUGCUCUUCUGUGCGAUGGCGAAUUUUAUCAACGCCGCCGACAGAGUCAUCAUGCCGAUUGCGAUCAUCCAAAUGACAGACGAAUUUAAAUGGUCCCUGCACCUUCAGGGAUGGAUAUUAUCUGCAUUUUCAAUUGGCUACUUUGCUAGUCAGCUUGCUGGAGCUUUUAUGUUUGGAGGCUACGGUGGCAGAACUCUGCUUAUAUUCUCAGUUCUCUUGUGGUCACUAUCGACUGUUUUGACGCCUUUGAUCGCUUCAUCAUCAAUCGCUGCUCUCAUCUUCUUCCGAAUCCUCUUAGGCAUUGGGGAAGGAUUAGGGCUUCCAACAAUUUACCAUAUUUUAGCAUUAACUGUUCCUGAGGAGGAGAGAUCAAGAGCAUUUGCUUAUUUAGUUGCUGCUGGAUCUGUCGGACAGACUGUUGCAUCCGUUAUUUGCCCUCACAUGCACUGGUCCUCGUCUUUCUACAUUUUCGGUCUGGCUGGCUUCGCGUGGGUUAUCUUAUGGAUGUGCAGCAUGGGUUCCUUGACGAACAAUCUGCACAUACCUCUGUAUAGGGACCAGAAGCAGUCUACCUACUCUGGCUGGGCGCUGCUGAGUAGUUGGGCCCUCUGGAGCAUUUAUCUGGCACAUUUCGCCAUGAACUGGAACAGCUACAUUGUGAUGCAGUGGCUGCCCACCUAUCUGCUGCGCUCUCUUGGGGCAGACAAGGAGAAUAUCAGCUUUACAGCUGUGCCUUACAUCUUCAAUUCUAUUCUUGCCAUAGUUGCUGGCCACUUUGCCGAUAAAUUGGUUUCGAAAGGCUGGAGUUUGCUCAAAGUGCGAAGACUUAUGACCAGCAUAGGUCUGGUGGGCCCAGCAUUUUUCCUAAUAGCCUUCUGCGCUGUCAACAAUUUAGCCGCUGCUGUGGUACUGGUGUCAAUUUCAAUGGGACUGUGCGCAUUCAAUUCUGCAGGCCACUUGAGUAACCAUGCUGAUGUGGCACCAGAACAUGCCGGCGCAACUUUUGCGCUUUCAAACACAUUGGCCACCAUUCCGGGCAUUUUGUGCGGUCCCCUAACUGCCGAGUUGGUGACGGCGUCACGCGGCAGGUGGUUGCCCGUGUUUGUACUGGCCGCCGGAAUCAACUUCACCUCGGCCAUAAUUUACCAAAGCCAAAGUUCCGCCUCACCCGUCUUGUAGAUAGAGCGGGCUGCUUUCAGUGAGAUUUUGCAAGCUGCACGUGAGCUUCCAGGUAUUUAUGUGAAUUGUCAAGUGCUGACUCUUCGAUUAUUUGUUGACACUCAGUGCUUCAACCUUGAUUUAAGCGAUGUGAUUUGAAUCUUUGCUGUUUGUGGCUAAGGUUUUGUUGACAGCAGAUGAGUGUGUAUUUGAAAAUACUUUGACUUUUCUGUUAGGAUGCUAGAUUUUAAAAGAGACAGAGCUGUCAAGCAGGUUGAUAUUUAAAAUUUUCAAACUAUUUCCAAACUUUGAGAUCUAAAUAAUUUACUUUCUUUAUUUGCAAGUUUGUAAAUCAUUCACAAAAAGGGAGUUUGGCUGUGUACGAUUCCUGACGUAGUUGCAAUUUUGGGAAAUUUUUGAACCAACUUGUCACCAGAUUUGGUGUGUUGUGUAAAUUUUACUAGAGAAACUAUUCUAAAUAUAGUAUCACUCCUACGUGUAUAACGAAUUUAAAGCAAAAAUUAAAUGGAAAAAAAUAUUCUAAAAACAAAUAUCAAUAAUGUCAGUCAUUUUAGUCUCUCUUGAUCCUGAUGCUGACUAGAAACAGUAAAAUGAGAGGCAUCGACGAGGCCGUGAAAAGAAUUGUUGCCAGUAUCGGUCGAAGGGAAGCCCAAGUGAAGCCAAUGAUGCACAUGGAGGUGCUAGUAGAAAGACAAAGAUUUACAGAUGUUAUGUGUCUCGUCAGCACUUGCAUCGGCACCAGUUCGAUUCCUUUAAAUAAUUGUCGAUGUAGAAACUUAAAUUCCAUUUCAAUUUUUAAUACCUCCUAUGGAGCACUUGCUUCUUGAAAAUCUUUUGAGCAAUGGGGUCAGAAAACUAGAACCGACGAAAAGAACCAGAGAGCAGGCGCCCCUCACUAUCCACGAAAGCAGCCAGUGUUGUUUAUGGUGCUCCAAGUAAAAGUCCUUGGGUGAGUGUUGCCCAUGUCGGAAAAUGAGAAUUUUGUCUCCGUGGGUUGUGAUGUACGGGUGCAAUUCAUGAUCAACUUGCAUUGCAAUUAUUGUCACCUAAAUACAGAUUGUAAU